UCUGUUCAAUGCUCGUAUCCAUCCAGCACGGCGGGCUUGAGAGAUAAGAGAGAGAGGAUUCAACUUAGACAUGGCAACCAGAGCUUUGCUCGCCGUUAUAUCUGCGUCUCCGAGUCGCUGCUUCAUCUCAUCGAGCAGGAUCAAAAUCCAAUCUUCAGUUUCUUCUUUAAGUCUCAAUUUCCAACAACACAGUAGAAAAAUCCACAGAAUAGCUCGAAGUUACUCCUCUGACACGGAUUCCUCCCUUCUUCAGCCGCCGGACGUUUCCCGUCUGGCAGAGACAGCUCGCAUCUCUCUAACUCCGGCCGAGAUAGAGGAAUGUGAAACUAAAAUUCGUCGAGUCAUUGACUGGUUCGGCCAGCUUCAACAAGUUGAUGUUAACAGUGUGGAACCAGCGAUCAGAGCAGAAAUGGAUGGUGGAAAUUUGCGAGAGGAUUCUCCUGAAACAUUUGAGAACAGGGACAGUAUAAGAGCUUCCAUUCCAAGCUUUGAGGAGGCAUAUUUAAAAGUUCCUAAAAUACUAAACAAAGAGUAACUUUUCAGCUUCUUGGAGUUGUUUGGCUGGAGAGAUUCACUGUCAGAUCCGAUUCUCAUUCUAUUGGUUUCUGAAAUUAAUGGCCAAGAUGUGCAACAUUUGUUGUGUCAAUCUCUCGUCUAGCUAAUCUUGAGUUUGUUUUUGUUUCAAGUAGAAACCAGGUGAUAGAUUUUAUAAGCUUAAAAAACUGAUUGGUCAAUGGUGAUUAGGCCUUGACUUGUAAGGCUUUGUGGUCUAAACACUCUCUUAGUAAAAUCUGAGGAGGCUUGGCAGAUUGUAAUAAGAUGUAGUAUUUCAGUGUCUUGACCCUUACUGAUCCUAUAAGAAUUGUGAAGUCUCACACAGGCUAUA